CUACUAGUGUUCUCGGCGAUGAAGCUUCUGGCACAGAUUACUUUCCCCUAGUGUUCUCGGCGAUGGCGGGAUGGGCCAGGCGCGCCGACGUGAUCAAGCAAUUUAUCGCGAUGGGAAGGAUCGCGCAUCUCAAGAAUAGCAGCAAUGGAGCGGAGAUUUUCCUGGUGGGCACCGCACACGUUUCAGCCAAGAGCGCCGAGGAAGUGGAAGAGGUGAUUGGAAUCGUCAAGCCUGACAUUGUCGCGGUGGAACUGUGUGAAGAAAGAGCCAAGAAGCUACUAGCUGGGUACCAUGAUACUAGCUUGUUCCAGAAAGUCCAGGAAUUCAUGAAGUUUCCGGGAGGAUUGAAGCAGAAAGUAGUCCAUUUGGCAUUGAGCGCAUCUUAUCAGGCGAUGCGCGAGGCCGGUCUAGAACCUGGCAAGGAGUUUAAGGUAGCCAUGGAGGAGGCUAAGGCGAGACGCGCUGGCAUUUUGCUCAUAGAUCAAAGAUAUGAUGUAAGACCUUUAAGAUCAUGCGCAUACUGUGACUAUUUCAAAGCUUACAAAGGCGAUCAGGAUACGGGACGUCAUAAACUUGCUUGGGAUUGCCGGGGCGGACAUGGAGCAGAUUGUGGAAGGACUGAGCAGCGGAAACCUGAUCGAGAGCAUUGAAAAGCUAAAGUGAAGAGAUGCAGUUCGAAAACUGACGAGCUUCAUGGACAAGACCUUUCCAAGUGCUGUUAGAGUCAUGCUUCACGAGCGGGACGAAUAUAUGACACGGCAACUUUUGACUUGCGAGGGGAAAGUUGUGGGCGUUGUGGGCAUGGCUCAUCUGGAUGGCAUCGAGCGG